AUGGGUGUCAUGCGUUUACCUCGCCCAACCGGCGUGUAUGUGCCGAACUCACCCACACGGAGCCUCAAGGGCGAUAUGAUCUCCUCCCCAUUAUCACCUGAGUUCAACUUUGACUCUGAGACCUUGACUCCUUCCAUUAUUCCUGCCCUUGAAUACGUUUCUUCCAAGCUGGAGCAGAGGAUGAUGCACGUUACUCUGCUUGUGGGUCGCGGGAAGCCCUACCCAACCGGCCAGCCAUCCGAUCUCAUCGUCAUCCCCAUCACCCCUCUGGAUGAGACAGCAUGGCGGAUCGUGUUCCGCACGGUGGCCAAGGGAGCCAGCAAGUUCUCUUUAGGCCACAGCUGGACUGACGCCUUGAACCGCAGCCAGCAUGAGCGCCAGGCCCACGACUACCUGAUCCAACAGUCGAUUAUGCAGAAUGAAGUGAUCUUCAGCAGAGAGGGUCUGACACUGCUGAACGUGGACCGCAUCUACACCCUCAAGCGCCGGCUGUGCAUCCUUUCCCAUCGGGGAACCCAGCCCGAAGAAUCUUACAUCUCAUCCUGCGCGCAACUCCUCCACCGUACCAUCAAUGACUUCCAUGGUCGUCCCUUCAGCAGAGCCUUCUUCCACCGCGUCUACGAGCAGCUGGAUGUGCCUGAUAUGCUGUUAUCCCAGGUGGCGGAUGCCUUCAGAAAGCAAUACAAGCAGGAAGGGAUUAUUAUCCCACCUCCCGCGAAGGCCGAUGUGGAGCGUCCCCGGAAGUCACCACUACGUGCGAUCCGGGCAGCUCGUCGCCAAAACCCUCCGCCAACAAGAUACAACUUGCCAACCAAGCGCGGGCCCAAGACACCACUGUCUGCAUCUGAUGUGACUCCUAUUACUCGGAACGAAUGGAACAUGCUCCGUACAGACUUUCCUUUGGGCAAGACCACUGUUACCAAGUGGACACCAUCACCAACUGUUAUGGCUGCUGCGUGA